ACUCAAUUCAUCGAAGCUCCAUCGGUGUAUUUAGAAUCAUGAUGCAUUAGGCUCUACUCGUUCAUGAAAUCCUCUGGGAGAUACUCGCCCAUGCCAAUCAAACAUUGAUUUUUAGCACCAAGUUAAUAGGUCGGAAAUUUACUGCCGCGCUUGCAACAACAUGGAAAGCCUUCCACAAACCUACGAUGGAUUUGCUGUGGACUGGAAUGUACAAGUUAAAACCAUUGCCAGACUGUGACGAAGCUGUAUCCACUGAUAUAUCGUAGCGGUCGAACUUAUCGCUCCGCCAACGUCGAACCGUUAUUUGCUCAUGAAGCCCCUUCUCUCGGUCAUCCCUAUCGAGAAAUGCAUUUUCCCCAGGUUGAGGUCAUUAACGUGGGCUCUUUCCACUGUCAAAUAUUUUGAUCUAUUCCUACCCCACACGCUGCGCCAAUGUUAUAUAAUGUCCGUCAGCGAACUGCAAUCUGCUGUGACUCAUUGCGCUGCUUUGGAGCUCUUAUCGAUCCAAACUUCUGAUAUGAGCGCCGCCGAUGAGCCGUCCCUGCUGUCUGACGGGGUCCGUUUGUGCGAGCACCUCGUAACGCUGUCUUGUCCACCGCUCGACUGGGUAGCAUGGAAGCACCUCUCCAGCCUCCCCACCCUUCUCAGUGUCAAUCGAAGAAGCGCGCAAUGCUCUUCCUUGGCCGUUAGAACAGUGUAUCAUCAAUUUCUCACCAUUCAUUACCGUCUUCGGCCGAGGCCGAGCAACUUUUUCGUGCGCUGUCCUAUUACUAAUAUAAAUCUGGUCAGACCCUGGAAAAAAUUUCCAUUACUUUGAACGACAGGUAUCAGGCGCCCCGGGGCAACCCUUUGGCAGUGACUCCACAUCUCCUUUGCUUCAUACAGUUCUGAACCCUCAUUUGUGGUGAUACUUUCAUCUACCU